AAAUACCAAAAUUAGAAUUGGCGAAGGAAGUGAUUCGUUAUGAGUUUAGAAAUUGAACGGAAAACCCGAGAAAUUAGAUGCAGAUAUGGACAAUGUGGAAGGCAGGCGUGUGCUGUAGAGAUAUUCAGCUUUCAAUUUAAAGGCAUUGCAUGGAAAUUAGCAUCUUUUGGUUGUGGAGUCGUUGCAAUGGAGUCUUUUUGGGCUUUCAGAAGGUCUUCAUGGUUACAUACUGGUUUUGACAAGCUGGUUGAAGAUGUCAUUGAGCAUUACUUGAAAGUUGAAGAAAAGCCAGAGUUCUGUAAUCUACCAAGCUUCCUAUUUGAGGAAUCCAUGGGUGGAGCAAUAGCUUUGAAGGUGCACCAGAAGCAACCUGAUGCUUGGAACGGUACUGUUCUUCUUGCUCCUCUGUGCAAAAUUGCAGAUAGCAUAGUUCCACCAUGGUUAGUUACACAAAUUUUAAUUGGCGUUGCAAAGUUUCUUCCAACAAAGAAACUACAUAUAGUCCGGACACAGGAUUUAGGAGAGACGGCAGUCAGAGAAGCAAAGAAGAAAGAACAUGCUGCCUAUAAUGUGUAACAUAAGCCCUGUUCACUGACCACUCUGGAGUUACUGAAUGCUACAAAAGAGAUAGAGGGACUACUAAAAAACUGUGUACGUGUUUCAACUUUCUUUUGAAUUUGUGUACACUGUGUUAACUGUUUAAAGUUUGAUAUGUGAAUAUUUACCCUUCGAGGUGGCCCAAUGGUUUGAGCUUGAGACUUCCAUAUAGGAGGGCCUCACGUUCAAAACCCCUUGCUAGCGAAAACAAGGGGUUUGCCUUCUGGGUUGAGCUCAUUACACUAGACUUGCCUAGUGGGUUAUCUCUCCCAUGUGGUUUGUGAACUAUUGCAUAGGAGCAGAGAGAAGUGCACCCAAAGGCUAGCGACUGCGGGUUUUCCUUUUCAUAAGAAAAAAGGGUUGAUAUGUCACCAUUCCCUUGUCGUAGAAAUGCUGACAUUAAGAUAAAUAUGUAUUUGUUCAUGCAUGAUUAGAAAGCUAAGAAACUAUUACAUUUGACAUGGUUGCAACUUGCAAGUAGCAUAUAUAGAGAAGUUGUGACCAUGUAUUAGACCACCAAAUGCACCCUCUUUAAAUAUGAUAAUAUAAUGAUUGAAGGUGAUUAAGUGGAGGUAGACUUACAAUCACUUUGAGGGAAGCACAUUUUAUAAUAUUAUCCAAUGAAAAUAAAAAGAUCUAUAUACCAACUCCGUUUGUCCACUGCGAUAUGGUAUCAUGAUAUGGAAGUGUAGAUACAAAUAAAAAGCGUAUCAAUAUAUAAAAUAAGUUCUUCAGAUACGUUUACCAAAAAGAUAUUCCAUAAGCCACUUUCAUGAAGCCAUGAUUCAUGAUUAUGCACAUCAGUUCACAUUUCAUAAAGGGAUUUAUGUGCUAGAACUUCCAUGUAUGAUUCAUAUUGACAUCUUCAUAUCUGUGUUUGCAUCUGGACCUCCACAUUUGCCAGCUGAUGCUUUCAGAAGAGGUCAUUCUUUCGAAAA